UCUUAUGCGCUUUAUUUUAUUCCCAAUACGUUUUUAACGGAUGGACUGAAGAAGGAAUUUCAGCGGAGGCGGACACUACGUUUAGCACAGCGUCUUAUUUGUAUUGUGGACGACGAAGGAAGAUUAGAAGCCGUCUUGCCUGCGAUACGUGACGCCGUUUCUACACGAAUGGGACCGAAGUUGAUGUCAAUUGUGGCCCAACAAUACAUCGCUGCUGCCCGUCAGCACCUGUCUGGCAGUUUAUUUCUUCGGCAAUUAGAUAUAUUUGCAACGUCUAAAUGGUCGAGACUUGUACAAAUGGCAGAUGUAACCGCAGUGGGGAUACCAGCGGCGCUUAAAGCGGCACGAAGUACCUUGAAGGAAGAUGAUCAAGUAGAUAUUUUAGUGACACUGUGUGAGGGGGAUGUGCAGCGGACCGUUUUGCGUGCAUCGCGUCUUAUUUUGUAUGAUACCUCGGUUACAUCGGAGAAGAGGAGGAAACGAGCCGAAAAUCUGUCGAUACUAGGGAAAAUGGUGGAGGGAGUCUGCCGCAUGGCUCGCUCAAGUGAAUGA